AUGGGAACGUUUUUUUGUUUCCAUUCUUCAUCUGAAAGGAUAACACGGAAGAUAAGUCGUGAAAUUAAUUAUAUAACAAAAACAAGAAAAAACUUUGAUGAGAAGGCGAAUUUAUUCAUUUCGGGUGCAUUAAAGUACGAUAAUAAAAAGUCAAAGAUUUUAAUCGAUAUGAUUAAAAUUGAGUUAUCAAAUUCAAAUGCUGCUUUUGAAAAAAGGUAUUUGUAUUUGUGUUUGCUUGAUAAGUUAAUUAUUGGAAAUGUAGUGUAUUUACAGUUAUCUUAUCAAAAUAAUUUACUUUCAUAUAUUGCUAUGCUUUCAGAGAUAGUGGACAAAAAGGAAUACUUUAAAUGUUCUGAGAAAGAGGAUAACGUAAUGUCCUUAUGUAGUCUUGCAGUUUCCUGUAUAAAUAGGUGGCACGAAAAAUACUCUGGAAUAAAUGAUGAACUAAUCGAAUUAUUAAGGAAAUUUACAAAUAAUUUCGCAGAUUCUUCAAAUAUUGAGAAUAACUCACAAAAAAACGAAAUAAAUAAUUUUGAACUGAAUAAUUCAAUUAUUAACCCUGAUGAUGUCUUAUUAUCAGAAGAAUCGAAUAAUUUAGUCAAUUUAGAUAUUCAAGUUAGUACAAAUUUAUCUAGUCCUAUUUCGAAUAAUUCAGUUUCUUUGGAUAAAUAUGUUGGAUUUGAUGCCAAAGAUAAUCUGGGUGAUUUGCUUAACGAAGAAACUUCUAGAAUGGCUGCAAAUAACUUAUAUGAUCGUACUCCUAACCAAAAUAUCUUAAUUGGCGAUAAAUCUGUUGAGGGAGAUAUCGAAAAUGCUGAUGAGAAUGAGAUAUAUUCAACAUCAAUUCAGCCAAAAUCUACAAAAGUGAAUUUUAUUGAGAACUCAGUCGUUUACAGUGAAAUUGAAACAAUUGAAAUGAAAUACAACUUGCUAAAAGAAAAAUAUUUAUUUCUCAUUCAAAAGAAUGAGUAUUUACAAUCUAGAUUGGAAUAUUAUGAGGAUUUUAAUGUGUUUCCUAAAAAAAUUGCUCAGGAUGAUUGCUACGAAAAAAAUAAUUUUGAACUACUUGGCAAUUUAUCAAACACUACUAAAUUAAGUAGUGUUUUUCUAGAAAACUUCAAUAAUCUUAUCUUGAAUAAUGAUUGGAUUCUAUUCGAAGAUAACUUAAUUCAAAUAGGUGUUAAAUUCCAGUUUUCAGAGAACAUUGGAAACUGUAGUUUAUACUUCGGAAAUAAGCUACCAACAAGACUUGAAGAUUUCAAAAUGGAAUUUAACUUCUCCAAUGUACACCCUAAAGCCCUGUCAAUUGUAAAGAAAGACGAAAUAGAGUAUCCAAGUUAUAUUUCAGGAAAGCAACAGAUCUGUUUAAUCUUUAAUGCUGAAUGCAAGGAUGUAUAUUUUGGAGUACCAACAGUUGUAAUUAAAUUUUUAUUGACAGAUAAUACUCCCAAAACUAUAGAACUUCCGUUUCCAAUAGUGUUGAGCAAAUUUUCUUAUGGUACAGAGCAAUAUUCAACAGACUUUAUCACUAAUCUCUGGCAUUCUGAAAUAUAUUUAAUGUCCCAAGCAUCAUCACAAAUAAGUUUAAAAUCUUCGGUUGAUUGUAUAUCAGAAAUAAUUAAUAAAUGUAAGCUUAACGAAUCAUUCUAUUUAUUUUUCGAAAACGAAGAUUACAAAAAAGAUCAAAUAAUUUAUCUACACGGAAAUGUAUUGAACCACCAGGUAAUUAUUCAAGUUCGUGAAUCUACCUCGCAAAGCUAUAUCCUACGUGUAAGGUCUGAUUCCGGAGUCCUCUCUAAUUCUAUUCUUUCUAUAAUUCUAUUCCAAACAAAAGUUGAUACUUUUUAA